UCCAGGGUUUCGCAAGCUGCAAUCUCUAUCUAGCUAGUUCCAGAGCGCCGUAAAGCGAAACGUAUUGAAUUCGAGAUUAAUCGUUCAAUAGAUAUCUAUCCAAGACUUAAAAUUGUUCAGGAGCCUGCAGAACGUCUGGUUGGACUUAAUCGUAAAUUUAUUUUGUUUUAAUUAGCAGAAAACGCAAAUAACGUGAAUAUUGUGAUGUGCUAUUUAUGGCGUUUUACAUUCCCAGUGACUGAUCAAUAGCUGUUAUUGCAACUACGCUGAAAACUGUUUGCGUUUCACAAAAUAGCUGCAAGUGCCAAAUCAACAAUAAUUAUGAACAUCCAUCGAAACUGAGUACAUCGUAAAACGUUUAGUUAGGCAGUAAUAAAUCGAAAACGAAUUCAGCUCAGUGCGAUUCCAUUUCUCUGUAACCAAUUCUAGUCUUGAAAACACGUAAAAUGUAUCAAAAACGUUUGAUGCGAAUCAUCUAUUUGCUUAUUUUUAUGAUUGUACUGAUACUUCUUUACAAAAGUUUCUCAAAUUCACCGGGCACGACAAAUGAGAUACAGGAUGAAACAAUGCUGCGGCCAUCUGAUGCUCCCGUAUAUGUCAUGGUGUUUUACGAAGCACUCUGUCCAGAUUCUAAAAAUUUCAUACUUAAGCAACUACAUCCAACGUUUGUGCGUGCCCCAAGCCUAAUAGAAAUCCAAUUCGUGCCCUACGGCAAAGCUACGACCAGUACGAAUUCGGAUGGUUCCCUAGCUUUCGAUUGUCAGCAUGGGCCGAUUGAGUGCGAGUCCAACAUCAUUCACGCGUGCGUCGUCGAAGCUGUCCACGAUGCCAGAACGCGCCUAAACAUGGUUGCGUGCAUGAUUCGUGAUAAUAUGAUACCGAAGGACGCUUUCUAUCGCUGUGCCAAGGAAUACUCCGUUGAAAUUGAAUCAAUCCAGAAAUGCUAUGACAGCCCUCACGGGGCGGAAUUGCUCAAGCUGCAUGGCGAAGCUACACACGCACUGCGCCCGGCUGUCUCAUUUAUUCCAACCAUCACCCUCGAUGGACAGCAGGGGCGACAAGCUUCCAUCCUGAAGGACUUGUUCGGCGAAGUGUGCAAGGUAGCUUCCGGCCGGGGGCCGAAACCGGUGGCGUGCGAAUGAUAGCAAAUAGUGCUGUACUCGAUAAAUCGUUUUCUGCGGAACGAAAUGUACGAGGAGCUUCGACAGAUUCCAGGGCGCAUUCAGCGCUCGGUUCUACUGCUAUUGCAGUAGGUUAAAUCCUAUUUAUAAUAGAACGCAACGAUAAUGCCCUCCAAAGAGACUUUUUUCUUCGAAACAUCGAUUCAGUUACUUGAUGUAACAAAAGAAUUGUUUUUGUUAGUUUUGCUCAAUGUUUUCCAUUUUUCAUUAAAUCUAGUUGAACUAUUACAGGUUGAUAGGCACAUUUAUCCAAAUAAGAACUAAAUUUUUGCACCGCAUUUUGAGGGUCAAUAAUAGAAUUUUUGUGUCCAACAUACCAUAAACUACGUAGAAAUGGUAAUUUCGUAAUGUGUAUGAAAAAUCCUAGAAACGUGUACCUAGAAGCUAGUAGAAUGAUAGUAUGAAUCCUAGUAUUGAUGUAUAGCGUUAAGACAUUUUGUGGUCUAGAACACCAUUUAGAAUCAAACAAGCAGUCAUUAGCAAUAUUUUCUAGCUUGGCAACGUUGACUUUGGAUGAUAUACUAUUAUCUAACAUUAUCAUUGUUGAAUAACUCGUAUCAUUAAAGAUAGCGUGCACCUUCCACGACGAAUCAGUCGUUCGUAUCAAUUAACUUUAGUAGGUAUGAAAAAUUGUUCGUACUGAUUUUACGAGAAUAAAAACAAAAAAGUCAAGAAAAUUAAAAA